AUGGCGCUUCUCACCUUCCGAUCGCCCGUGGACUACGCUGCACAACAAACUGCCUUCGAGGACUUCCUACUGAACUACAAAUCUACGCAAACCGACCUAGACCUCGCAGCGACUGACGCCUUUCAAGAUCUCAACAUUGACGGAGAUGGCACGAGCGAUGAGUACGACUUUAUGGAUGAUGUGGUAGAUGGGAAGGCAGCCCGGCAUGCUGGGCAGCAUAUAGAGCCUAAGAGAAAAUACAUGGAUAUGCUACAGAAGGUGGCAGAUCGACAGAUAGGGGAAGUAACAAUAGAGCUGGACGAUUUGGACAAUUAUGAGAAAAGCUUUGGUGAGGAGGGUACGGGCUUACGAUUAGUCGACUCGAUCGAAAAGAAUGCGAAACAUUACAUCGACGUUCUAUCGCAUGCAGUGGACAAAGUAAUGCCGAAAGAGACGAAGGAGAUUUCAUUCAAAGACGAUGUGCUUGAUAUCAUCAUGUCGCAGCGUGAGAAGAGGAACGAGAGCGUGAUGCUGGCAGCAGAUAAUGAGCUCGACCCUUCGCAGCCUGAAGCAAUAUUUCCUGCUGAGCUUACACGACGAUACACUUUGGUUUUCAGACCAAUCAGUCCUGCCGGAUCGGAUAGCGACAGAAAUACAAAGGCGCUUGCUGUUCGGAAUGUGCGAGGAGAGCAUCUAGGCCAUCUUAUCACUGUUAGAGGUAUCACGACUAGGGUUUCUGACGUAAAACCCUCCGUACAAGUCAACGCGUACACCUGUGAUCGAUGUGGAUGCGAGAUAUUUCAGCCUGUCACCUCAAAGCAAUUUACCCCAAUGACGGAAUGUCCCUCAGAUGAAUGCAAGCAGAACAACUCCAAGGGUCAACUAUUCCUAUCAACGCGGGCAUCGAAAUUUCUGCCUUUCCAAGAAGUUAAGAUACAGGAAAUGGCUGAUCAAGUACCUGUUGGCCAUAUCCCUCGGACACUAACCGUUCAUUGUCAUGGAACCUUGACGAGACAGAUCAACCCUGGCGAUGUCAUUGAUGUGGCGGGAAUCUUCCUCCCAACGCCGUACACAGGCUUCAAAGCUAUCCGUGCUGGUCUUCUGACAGAUACCUACCUCGAGGCUCAACAUGUCAAUCAACACAAAAAGGCAUACGAUGAUCUGGUCUUUGAUGCCAAGACGUUCCGAAGAAUCGAGCAAUACAAGCAUUCAGGUCACAUGUACGAGUACCUCUCGAGGUCCAUCGCUCCGGAAAUCUAUGGUCAUCAAGAUGUGAAGAAGGCGCUUUUACUGCUCCUGAUCGGCGGUGUCACCAAAGAAAUGGGCGACGGAAUGCGAAUACGUGGAGACAUCAACAUCUGCCUUAUGGGUGAUCCUGGUGUGGCUAAAUCUCAACUUCUCAAGUACAUCACCAAAGUAGCUCCUCGGGGUGUUUACACUACCGGACGUGGAAGCAGCGGUGUCGGACUGACAGCAGCCGUCAUGCGAGAUCCAGUCACAGACGAGAUGGUGCUGGAAGGAGGUGCUCUAGUCCUGGCAGACAACGGUAUCUGCUGUAUCGAUGAAUUCGAUAAGAUGGACGAUGGAGACCGAACAGCCAUCCACGAAGUCAUGGAACAACAGACAAUCUCGAUCUCAAAAGCUGGCAUCACAACGUCCCUCAAUGCUCGGACAUCAAUCCUCGCCGCAGCCAAUCCCCUCUAUGGCCGCUACAACCCACGAAUCUCUCCCGUGGAAAACAUCAAUCUUCCCGCCGCACUCCUUUCACGUUUUGAUGUUCUCUUCCUCAUGCUUGACCAGCCCAGUCGCGAGUCGGACGAAGAGCUAGCCCAACAUGUGACCUAUGUCCACAUGAACAACAAGCAUCCAGAAACCACGGGCGUGAUCUUCACUCCUCACGAAGUUCGCCAGUACAUUGCUCAAGCUCGAAGUUGGCGGCCAACGGUGCCCAAGGAGGUUUCGGAGUACAUGGUUGGCGCAUACGUGCGUAUGCGCCAACAGCAGAAACGUGAUGAAGGUGGCCAGAAGCAUUUCACCCACACCUCGCCUCGCACACUUCUAGGUGUCCUUCGACUCUCGCAAGCAUUGGCUCGACUACGCUUCUCUUCACAAGUUGUCACUGACGAUGUUGACGAGGCUUUACGACUGGUAGAAGUCAGCAAAGCAAGCUUGUACAACGACUCAAGAGGAGCGGCUGAUCAAAGCCCAAGCAGCAAGAUUUACAAUCUUGUCAGGGCGAUGAAGGAUAGUGGGGCGGCGGCUAUCGGAGAUGGGAGUAGAGGAGAGUUGAGCAUUAAGAAGGUCAGGGAAAGAAUUAUUGCGAAAGGUUUCACGGAGGAUCAGUUCAGCCAGGCGUUGGAUGAGUAUGCUUUGCUUGACGUAUGGCAAACGGCUGCGGAAGGUACUCGUCUUGUUUUCAUCGAGUCUGGAGAUGCUGAUGGGGACAUGGACAUGGAUGGAGACGAUGAUAUGUUCUAG